UUUAAGAAAUAUUUAUAUAUUUAAUCAUCAGCAAUUUUGUAGAUUUUAUUUUGCUGAAUUGUGUGGAAUUUUGUUGGAUAAAUUUUGUGGAAUUUGAUGGCUGUAUGUGUUGAUAAAUGGUUAGAAAAGGUUACCCUUUUAUCUAGGUAACUUAUUUUUUGGGGUUGAGGACUUAGGUUCUGCAAUUUUUGAAGGAUUGUUACUCUUUUUAGAUUUCCUUUAUUGCUCAAAAAUACAUAGGUACUUGCAAGUUACUGGAUAUUUUUCUCGGUGUUAAUAUAUACAUAUUUUUUUUCCUUUUACUAUUCUUGAGGGUGUAUGAUAAGGGAGGGAAUUGGUGCUUGAAUGCUGAAAUAAUUUAUACUUGAUGUACCUUUAAUUGUUUAAAUUCGAGUUCGUUCUCCAAGGUGUACAAUUUAGCUUGCAUGCUUCCACCACACCCCCUCUGGUGAAAAGCUCCGUUUCUUAUUCCCUCAAUCGAUCCCUUGGGCCUCCUUGGCUCUACCUUGACAUACCCGUGCUACACACAUCUGUACCACUAGCGCCUUAAAUGGACAUGAUGGAAAACUUAGAAAUGCUUGGUAAAACUUUGUAGGAUGCUUCUAAGUUGACACUUCCAAAGAAUUUGAGUAGCAAAGGACUAUUACUCUACAAGUCCACAUUAGGAAUGUCGUACAUAAUUCAUUGUAUGAAAUAUUGGAUGACUAUCAAGCUAUGAGAGUAUGAGAGUGUAACAUUUAGGGGUACCAAGAAUAAUGAAUUGGGUCGUGUUACACGACUGUGAUGAUUUUUGUCUCUUUUAAUCUUUCUUCUUCAUACAAAACUUCUUGAUUUUGAUGCUAAUUCAGUGAACCACAGUAUCACAUUUUAUUGUGAGAGUUAAACAUGCUCACUAGGACCAAGUUAAAUCCCAGUUUUCCUGUUUGGUAAUUUUGAUAUAGACCCAAGAUUUUAAAGUGGAAGAUGCUAAGCGAAGUUAGAAUUUGUGUGACAUGAUUUUUGAAAUGACGACUCCUACUUUAACACCUACAACAAAACUUCUACUGCUGAUUAUAACUGUCUACACUAGUGGAUACUCCUAAAUAUAAAUUGCCAAACAAGGCCAUAAAAAUCGAAGCAAAUUCAGAUAGUACUAUCAACUUCGAACAAUAGGGGCAGCUAUCGCACUAAUUGAUGCUAGAAUAUCUCCUGGUGUGAUUGGCACACAUCUCUGUGGAGUCAGUUUGAGGAAGUAUAGUGAAAUUUUCCUUCAUAUUUUCUGUACGACUGUACAUAUAGGCUAAACAGAGAUUUUUGUGGCUGGAAAAAGCUGAAUGCAAAAGAUAAAACUUAAGUUAUGGAUCUCAUUCCCACCUCUCUUGCAUAGAACACUCCUCCAACCUGCCCCCACGUUGAAAAAACAGGAGAAGGUCAAAUCUGGAGGAAGAAUUUGUUCUCCGAGUUUCCCAGUCAAUUUCCUGGGAAGCUGUUUUGUGUGCUUUUUUACUAUGUCUCAAUCCCGAAUGCUGAGUCAACCAUAUUUCUCUAUGAAUAUAUGCUUAAUCUAAUGGCAGUAGAAACCUCCUCCUUCUUGAUAGAAUUUUGUGAACGAACAGUUGAGUCAUUUGACAUUAGAGGUUUUUAGAGUCUAAAUAGUUACUUGGAAAAGCAGUGAUGGUUGGUGGGGAUCGAGGGGGAGGCUAACUGACUGUGCAAUUUAGCAUGACUUUCAUGCAAAGUUGCUGCGAAUGCUGCCUAAGCCCUUUAUUUAACUUGACUUUAUACACAUGGGAAAAUGAAGCUGGAACGUACUGAGUUUACUGACUAUUGACGCAUUUGACAGGAACCACUUUGUAUUUAUCUUAGGUGUGUUUUUUUUCAUGCUGUUGCAUGCAAGCGUAUGAUAACCAGCAUGGAUCACAUAAUUGUGUCAAAAUUAAAGCUGUAUCCAGUUUCCAGCUUCCAAUCUUCCAGUAGCCUCUGUCUGAACUAGUUAAGGGUCCACUUACCUAUGACUGAUUAUCCCAAAUCUGUGAAGGCUUCUCUGAAGAUAUUCAAGGAGCACUUAUGACAGUCACUAGCAUCAAGCCCAGCAAUAAUUUUCAAGUUGGCAUGCGAUUCUUAUGCUACUGUAAAAAAUCUUAAACUUAAUCUACUUCUUUUGUUUUUUUUCAAAUACUUGCUCCUUGUUGAACCUUCACCUGGCUAGAUCUUCAUGGUCACUAUCAAUCUGCAACCAUUCCCUUUUGCAGCAAUGAAUUACUGAGAUAGCCCUGUUUUCAAAUCUUUAAUAGCAUUAAACGUUCCACCUGCUACAGUAUAAUUGUGUCCCAUCUGUUUUAAUUGGGCAUUUGGGCUUUGUGAAGAACCUGAAGUAAACCUUGGCAGUCAGUUGCUAAAAGUAGCUUUCAAAGUUUUUUUCCCUCAGUAAUAUUAUGGGACUAGAUAUGCUUUGGCUAGAUUUCUUAGGUUUUGAUUUCAGUGCUCUGUUAUGGUGCUUGUGGGCACACGCGCACACCUAUCUGUCGCGAGUUUCUUAUACCAAGCAAGACCGUGGACAAGUUACGGGCCUUAUGGCCGCUUGUAAGGUUGAUUCUGUAUCAUGCUACUGCAAGGUAGAUGCAAGUUUAAAAACGGUUGUCGGUGCAAGAAGAUUUGUUCCUGGAUCAAAGAUCUGUAUCCAGCCAGAUAUAAAUCCUCGUGCCCAUAAGACAAAAAACUCUCGCAGGGAGAGGACCCGUAUUCAGCCACCUCUCUUGCCUGGCCUUCCUGAUGACCUUGCCAUUGCUUGUCUUAUCCGAGUCCCCCGAGUAGAACACCGAAAGCUCCGUCUAGUUUGCAAAAGAUGGCACCGACUCCUAUCUGGAAACUACUACUAUUCUCUCAGAAAAAACCUGGGUAUGGCAGAAGAGUGGGUAUAUGUCAUGAAGAGGGACCGUGAUGGAAAGAUCUCAUGGCAUGCUUUUGAUCCUACUUAUCAGGUCUGGCUACCUCUUCCGCCUGUUCCUGUAGAGUAUUCUGAAGCCAGAGGGUUUGGAUGUGCUGUUCUAAGCGGUUGCCACCUGUACUUAUUUGGAGGUGAAGAUCCGCUCAGGGGUUCCAUGAGACGUGUUGUCUUUUAUAGCGCAAGGACAAAUAAAUGGCACCCAGCACCAAGCAUGCUUCGGAGGCGCCAUUGCUUUGGUUCUUGUGUAAUUGACAACUGCCUUUAUGUGGCUGGUGGUGAAUGUGAAGGAAUCCAGCGAGCUCUCCGUUCAGCAGAGGUGUAUGACCCAAAUAGAAACAGGUGGACUUCCAUCACAGAUAUGAGCACAGGGAUGGUCCCUUUCAUCGGGGUGGUGUACAAUGGAAAGUGGUACUUAAAAGGACUAGGCUCUCAUCGUCAGGUCAUGAGUGAAUCCUAUGAUCCUGAGAAUAGCUGCUGGAACCCUGUGAAUGAAGGGAUGGUUUCAAGUUGGAGAAAUCCGAGCACCACCAUGAAUGGCCAGCUUUAUUCUAUAGAUUGUAGGGAUGGAUGCAAGCUUAGAGUGUAUGACGUGGCAGCUGAUUCAUGGAUCAAAUUUAUAGACAGUAAACUCCACCUUGGAAGUUCUCGGGCUUUAGAGGCUGCUGCACUCAUUCCCCUUAAUGGUAAGCUUUGCAUUAUCCGAAAUAACAUGAGUAUCAGUAUGGUUGAUGUCUCAAGCCCUGAUAAACAUGUGGAGAGUAAUCCUCAUCUGUGGGAAAAUGUUGGUGGGAAAGGUCAUUUUAGGACGAUGGUCACUAAUAUAUUGUCGAGCAUAGCAGGCCGCAGUGGUUUAAAAAGUCAUAUUGUGCAUUGCCAGGUGCUUCAAGCAUGAGAAUGUAUGGAUGACUUGCAUACCUUGCUUCUGGUAUUAGAGUUCAUCCACUUAAUGGUCUUACAGAUUCUAUUGUCAAAUUCAUUUGAGGUUCUUUCAGCUUAAGAACCCAAUUUUUUUGCUGCUCAUCCUAUCAGAAGGGCUGUUUCAUUGCUUUUGUCUUCUGUGAGACUGUGACAUAUAGCUUACCUUCACAUUGUAUAUUUUGUUCCAAAUUGUGAAGAGAAUUUUUGCAACCGGCCAUAUUCGAAGAAAGCAGAACAGCACCCCCAAAAGUAAGCAAAAGCUCGCCCUUUUCCAGCUAGUGUUUCAUGUCUUCCUCUGUGGCGUAUUGAUUUUGCAGCUCAUGGCAUUAUCAGUUUCUAUUUGUUGAGGUAGUUACUGUAUUAAAUUGGAUAUGUAAAUCCUGUAGGCUGAAAUCUGCAGUUGUUUGCAGAAUUCUUAGACUUUUGGUCUUUGUAGUAGUAGUACAUUAAAAACCAAACAAAAAAUUCAUGCAGUGAUUCUGCAGAUGCUUUUGUGAAUAUCAUGUCGAAUUGCUCAAAACUGGUCUCUUCUUUGAAUCUUUGUCAUGAUAAAUAAUA